GGGUGAGCGAUUGCACGUCGCCGUCGUCGUCGCCGUCGUUUGCCGUCGCCGUCGCUGCCUUCGCUGAUCGUAGCAGCCACCUGUGAGUACUGCUGCGUCUGGGAUUGAGCGGUCGUGCUUUCAAGUCUUUCCCUGGCGUGCCUGGGAUUCCUGUGCUCUACUGAAUCUUCAGUGUGAGAUCUCCUCAAUCUCUCCCCAAGCUAAGCUAACCAGUUCCUUGCUGCUUUAAUUCUCAAUGUAAUUCGGGCUGGUUAAAGGGCAAACAUUGGGUUUGCUUCUCGGCCUUGGUUGCAUUUUCGGGAAUUAGAAGCGGUAGCACCUUUGGUAAGCUAUUCAGUUUGGGGAUGGCUGAGUCUAACUCAGGGCUGCAACACCCUGUAAGGGAAAGGGAUAGUGACCUUGAUGUUUUGCUCCAGCAGUUGGAGAUAAGAGAGGAUGAAGAACAAGAUAUUGUUUUAGAAGAAGAUCUGGAGGAGUUAAAAGCAGAGGCACGUUGGACAGCUUUGGCAAAGGUUUGUUCCUCAAAAACUUUCAGUCAUGCUGCUUUCAUUGCAAAUAUGAAGUAUGCAUGGAGCCUAGCAAAAGAUGUCAGUUUCAAGGCCAUAGAGGAAAACUUAUUUGUGCUUAAAUUUUCUUGCCUGGGAGAUUGGCGCAAGGUAAUGGACGAGGGUCCUUGGAUUUUUAGGGGGCAUGCUGUUCUUUUGGAAGAAUACGAUGGGAUUACAAAGCCCUCCAAAGUGAGAUUCAAAUAUCUAGCAACUUGGGUAAGAAUCUAUGAUUUACCAACAGGUUUUAGAACGAAGAAUAUAGGGCGCCAAUUAGGAAAUAAAAUUGGUGACUUCUUGAAGGUGGAUCUGGAUGAUAUCACUAGUGGGUGGAGAGAUUUCUUACGUAUCAGAGUUAAGCUAGAUGUGGAGAAACCUCUUACUAGGAUUGUCUAUAUUUCGUUAGGAGGUGGAAAACGAGAGGCCUUUCGUGUGAAGUAUGAGAAGCUCCCCAGAUUUUGUGCUGUCUGUGGUUUUUUGGGACAUGUUGAAUCUGAAUGUGGUGAUGGAGUGCAUGAAAAAAAGGAACUCCAGUAUGGAGACUGGUUGAUUGCAAGUCCAGAGAGGAAAGCAAAAGUUAAAAGUAGCAGAUUCUCUGGUUUAGAAGAUACGAAGGGGUUAGACUCCAGAGAUUCUAUCAAGCCUUAUUUUGAAAGGAGAUUCUUGGAACCUAAAAGUGGAAAUAGCAGCCAAAGAGACUUAAAUGACUUGGUUGAUGAUGGCACAAGAAGUCCCUUGAAGAGGGAUAGUGGUCGACACCUGAAAUCCAAUGAUGGAGAGGCUAAGAAAUCUCUUACUCUACAUUAUGAAGAGAUACAGGAAGAUGACAAUUCGGCCAUGGCUCUUGUUCCUACCUCUGAUUUGAAGGUGAAUCUACAAGAAGAUACCCAUUUGCUUUUAGAAGAUGUGGACCAAAGUGUUGUUGUGAGAGAUGGAACUUUGAAAGAGCGAAGCCAAAAGCGACUAAGAAUAGAGGAUGAGAAAGAGUUCUCAGAUGACAUUGAUAUGAGAUCGGCGGGCUCCCUCGAGGAGUACCGCCGAGAGAAAUGAGAGCCCUAUGCUGGAACUGUCGCGGAAUUGGCAACUCCGCGACAGUAAGAGAACUUCGCGGUCUCGCGAAGGAGUAUGCCCCCUCGGUACUAUGUAUUCUUGAAACACAAAUUGCUAAGAACCGAGUAGAAAAUUUAAGGUAUAUUUUGGGUUACGAUAACAGCUUCGCUGUUAGUAGCAAUGGAAGAAGUGGUGGUUUGGGAAUUUUUUGGAAUAAUGAGUUUCCAUUAAAAGUCACAAAGUUCUCUCAAUAUCAUAUUGAUACAGAGAUAUGUGAAACAGAUAGGGAUCCAUGGAGGGUUACUUUUGUUUAUGGUGAAGCAAAUCGUGCUCAAAGACAGAAGACAUGGGAUUUACUAAAAUUUAUUAAGAGCCAGUGUGCUCUGCCAUGGAUAUGUAUAGGAGAUUUUAAUGAAAUUCUGCGACCGGAGGAACAAAUUGGGCCAAAUCCUAGAGAAGGUUAUUUAAUGGAGGGCUUUCGUGACACAAUGGAUGUAUGUGGUUUUUGUGAUAUUGGGUAUACUGGUUUGGACUGGACUUGGGAGAAAAAAGUGACUAAUAAUGAGUAUGUCCGGGCAAGGUUGGAUCGUGCAAUAGCUACAGCUGAAUGGUGUAGUAUGUUUCCAAUGGCUUCACUGAAACAUUUAAUUGCUGUUAAAUCAGAUCACUCUCCGUUACUUUUAUCUACAGAGCGAGAAAUUCAAAACACAAAAAAUGCUACUAAAGGAAGGCUGUUCAGGUAUGAGGUCAUGUGGGAAUCAAAUAAAAGUUUGAUGCCACUGAUUUCUUGUGUGUGGAAAGAUGAUCUACAUUGCAGCAGCAUUAAAGAGUUGAACCAGAAAUUAAAUCGGCUAACGAGUGCCAUUCAACAAUGGAGUGCUACUUCUUUUUGUGCAGUAAGAAAGGAACUAAGGACUUUGAGGAAGAAAAUAGAAAUUAUUCGGACCAAUCCACAAAGAACAGGGCCUUCAAAUGAAGAGAAGGAAGUAGAAGAAAAAAUUAUAAUGCUAAGUCUGCAGGAGGAGAUAAUGUGGAAACAGCGCUCACGUAUCCAGUGGCUCACAGAAGGGGAUAACAAUACAAAGUUCUUUCACCAAAAAGCUACUCGCAGACAUAAUAAAAAUAGAAUUACAAGAUUAACCCGUGCUGAUGGUACAAUCACAGAGGUGAUAGAUGAAAUGCAACAUAUGACAAGAGAUUUUUAUAGAAAUUUGUACUCUUCUGAGGGUACCUCAAAUAUGGAGCAAGUUCUAUGUCAUGUGCCAAGAAAGGUAACUGAUGAGAUGAAUACAUUUUUAUGCAGACCAUUUACAGAGAAAGAGGUUAAAGAAGCUUUAUUUCAAAUGUCCCCUUUAAAGGCUCCAGGACCAGAUGGAUACCCAGCCUAUUUUUUUCAGAGGAAUUGGGAUAUAUGUGGGCAAGAUAUUACAAGGACAGUGCUUCAGGUGCUCAACGGGGAUGAAUUACCAGAAGAAAUUAACAGUACAUUCAUUGUUCUAAUCCCGAAGAUGGCAAAUCCAAUCUCGAUGGGGCAAUUUAGACCGAUCAGUCUUUGUAAUGUGGUUUAUAAAAUCAUUUCUAAGGCAUUGGCUAAUCGGCUAAAGUUAGUCCUCCCUAAAAUCAUUUCCGAAGAGCAGUCUGCAUUUGUCCCUGGUAGGAUAAUUUCUGAUAAUAUAAUUGCUGCAUAUGAAUGCCUACAUUUUAUGCGAACAAAUGGCACAAAGAGGAAUGGCUAUUGUGCUCUCAAACUUGAUAUGUCUAAGGCUUAUGAUCGAGUGGAGUGGCCAUAUUUAUUUGCCAUCAUGGAGAGGUUGGGAUUCAGUAAGAAAUGGAUUGAUGUAAUCAUGAAAUGUGUAACCUCAGUAUCUUUCUCAGUUCUUUUCAAUGGAGAAAUAUUAGAACAGUUCAAACCAUCCAGAGGAAUUAGACAAGGUGAUCCAAUUUCUCCAUACUUGUUUCUUAUUUGUGCUGAAGGCUUAUCAUGUAUUCUAAAUAACAAUAGCAAUCAGGAGAGGGGAAUUACAUUAGCUAAGAAUGCUCCAAGAAUCAGCCAUUUACUUUUUGCAGAUGAUAGCAUUUUAUUCUUCAAAGCGAGUGUAAGAGCGGCAGAAAUAAUUGAUUCACUUCUUGCUGCUUAUAGUGAUGCAUCUGGACAACGAAUCAACUACGACAAGUCAUCAAUUUAUUUUAGCAAAAAAUGCAGCAAUACAUUAAAGGAGGAGAUAAAAAAGAAGAUAUGUGUGAAUAAUGAGGCACUGACUGAACGCUAUUUAGGAUUGCCAACUGAUGUGGGUAGGUCAAAAAAUGGUGCUUUUAAAUAUUUAAAAGACCAGAUAUGGAAUAAGGUGCAGGGAUGGAUGGAACAAUGCCUCUCAGCCGGCGGCAAAGAAGUGUUGAUUAAAGCUGUAGUCCAAGCAGUACCUACUUAUUCCAUGAGUUGUUUCAGACUACCAAGGGGACUAUGUCAAGCUAUUAAUGCAAUUAUUCGAAAAUUUUGGUGGGGUAGCAAGGAAGGGAAAAGGAAAAAUUGCUGGGUAUCAUGGGAAGAAAUGACUCAGCCUAAAUACCUUGGUGGGCUGGGAUUCAGGGAUAUAGAGCUCUUUAACUUGGCUCUUCUUGCUCGGCAGGCUUGGAGGAUUAUGCAAAAUUCAAAAUCCUUGAGUGCUAGGCUAUUGAAAGCAUUAUAUUUUCCUGAUAAACAUUUUCUUGAAGCAGUCUUGGGAAGUAGACCGUCACAAAUUUGGAGAGCUAUACUUGAUGGACGGGACGUUCUUGAGCAAGGAUUGAUCAAAAGAAUUGGAAAUGGUAAAAGUAUAGAUAUUUGGAAACAUAAUUGGCUCCCAAGAGAUGGUGGGUUGCGGCCAAUUGCAUCAAAGCUAUCAAACCCACCCAGAUGUGUUAGUGAAUUAAUAGAUGGAAUAACUAUGCAAUGGAGGCAAGAUGUGAUUCAAAAGUACUUUUAUGAUAUGGAUGCUCAGGAAUCAAAUACAAGAUUGGCUUGAUGGCAAAGUAGAGAGCUCGGACACUGAAGGAGCUAAAAAAAGAUGGAAAUUAUUCUGGAAGGUCAAGGUACCAUCAAAAAUUCAUAUCUUUGCUUGGAGAUUGGCCCAUAAUUCUUUAAGUACCGGUGAAGUUCUUAAAGAAAGGUCAAUGAGUGAACAUAGUGGAUGCAAGUUAUGUGGUGCUAUUAUUGACUCGUGGCGCCAUGCUCUUUUCUAUUGUACAAUGUCAAGAUGUGUUUGGACUCUAGUAGAUGAGGAUCUCAUUGACCAUAUUGCUGCAACUGAGAUUAAUAAUCCAAAGAUGUGGCUGUUUUUUAUGCAGGAAACUUUAUCGGCAAAAGAAUUUCAGAAACUUCUAAUCAUAUGUUGGGCAAUCUGGAGGGCACGAAGAAUGGCAUUACAUGAGGGUAUAUUUCAAAGCCCAUUAUCAAUAUUCAGCUUUAUUACAAAAUAUCUUGAUGAUCUCAAACUGGCUGGUUUGAUUGAGGACAUUGAUAUGACCAAGUCAACAAGAAACAAGAAAUCAGCUCCCAAAUGGAUACCUCCACCUGAAGCUUUCGUGAAGUUCAAUGUUGAUGCUGCGGUGGCACGAGCUGAAGAUAAGGGGACUGUUAGUGUGGUGUGUCGAGAUAAUGUAGGGAAUUAUGUGGCUGCAAGUGCUAUGGUCAUUGAUGGUUUAACUGAUCCGUCAUCUUUGGAAGCUUUGGCUUGUAAUGAAGCAAUUUCUUUGGCCAUGGACAUUGGGGUGCGUAAGUGUGUAAUAGCUUCAGAUUGCUUGGAAGUGAUUUUGAAUCUUCAGAAGCAAAGUUUGUGUGCUUA